CUCACUAGUCAUGCUACAGCUGUCUGAUCUGUCCUUUUCUGAGAAUGUCCGGCGCAUCCUCGGUGCUGCAGCUUGCCUUUGGGUAGUACAAGUGAUUGUUCGGGCUUCCCUUCCUAAGUCAAAGAGUGGCCUUCCCCUCCCACCUUCCCCUCCCUCUCGGAGACUUCGUGGGCAUUUCCUGCCCCCUCGUAGCUCAUUUCUCACUAUAGGCCGAUGGAUUGAUGAGCACGGUCCUCUGGUCACACUUCGCUCAGGGACUCAGAAAAUGGUUAUCAUUGGCCGGCAUAAAGCCGCGAUUGAUAUCAUGGAGAGGCAGAGCGCAUCGCUCGUCGAUCGUCCUCGUCUAAUUGCUGCCAGUGAAAUGCUUAGCGGUGGACUGUCCAUCGUCUUUACACCCGCUGGGGACAGGUUCCGUCGGAUGCGUAGAGCACUUCAUACGCAUCUUCAGCCUAAAGCAGCCGAGGCGUAUCAACCUUUGCAGAUGUCAUACGCGAAACAUACGGUCCUCAGCAUUCUUGAAGAUCCACAAAACUUCCAGAACCACGCGAGAACGUAUGCUGCGACAACAGUCACGAAAAUUGCUUAUGGGAAGGAUACAUCCACGUCUGCGACUGAUGCUGAAGUCAAGGACGCUCGCGAGUUUCUCGAUAUCUUUCGUGUAGCCGUUCGACCUGGCGCUUACCUGGUGGACGCAAUCCCGUGGCUCAGAUACCUUCCUUGGUACGGACAAGAAUUAAAACGAGGGUUUGAGAUCAGCAAGCGACUUUAUACCAACCAGCUGAACUGCGUUAAAGAGCAAAUAACUCAGGGCAAUGCGGAUAUUGGCCCUUCGUUUGGGAGAUAUAUGCUAGAAAAUCGCGAUCUCUGUGGCUUGACAGAGCCAGAGAUGGCUUUUCUUGCUGGCGCCUUCUUCGUAGCUGGAACCGACACGACUGCUCUAGCAAUAUGCACGGUAUUAAUGGCAGCAGCAUGUUUCCCUGAUGAGCAAGCUAUAGUCCAGGCCGAGCUUGACGCGGUUAUCGGAAGGCACCGAGCACCAACCUUCGCUGAUGAACAAUCCCUCCCUCGUCUGCACGCCUUCAUCUCUGAGGCUUUGAGGUGGAGACCCUUGGUUCCCAAUGGGACACCGCACCGAACGACUAAGGAAGUGAUUUGGGAAAACUAUAGCAUUCCUGCGGGAACUACUGUAUUUGGCAACCAUUGGGCCAUCUCUCGAGAUCCGGAAGUCUACCCUGAGCCUGACGCGUUCAAGCCCCAGCGCUGGAUUAACGAUCAAGGUGGCCUGAGGGAUGAUCUUGACUUCUUUGUCUUUGGGUUUGGCCGGCGUAUAUGCCCCGCUCUACACCUCGCGAAGAGAUCGGUGUUCAUUAACUCGGCCCUUAUUGUUUGGGCGUUCGAGCUCGCUGCUGAUCAUACAAAGCCGCUGGAUGACAUGGGAUUUAUGAGCGGGAUGCCGCCAAAGGAGGACCCAUGUACGAUCAACUUUAAGACGAGGAUUCCAGAGCUGGAGCUCAGGCACACGAUGCACAAUUAUGCACGAGAAGACCACUAGGGAGGGGAAGUAGAGUCGUUCGUUCAUUCAUAUGCACAGUCACUGUACAGCCAAUUGUCGAUUUCGACCAGAGAUCGUCGUAAAUGUCGUUGAUACUUCACGAGUAGCAGCACCG